UGAAUGCCACCCUCCUUCGUUAAGCCUCUCAAUCGAAACCCCUGUUUGGAUUUAUAGCUUUUAGUUUCUGGAUUUGUCACUUCUUUGUUUAUCUUUCGAAGUUACUUUUUCUUCUUCGUUUCUCUUGUUGUUCACUUGUUUUCAAAUUCAGUGCUUUUUUUCCCAAGCUCUGCAUUUCAGCCCUUUGAGUCUAAACUCUUGAAAGAAAGCAGGAAAUUUUCUACCAUAACUGUAGAAUGGAGUCUGAAAACGGGAUAACAAUGGAGGAAGAGAUAAUUGUAAGUGGAAAAGCAGAUGUUGAAGAAUCUGCUGCAGACGAAAAGAAAGUGGAACCCAAUGCUUACAUUAAUGGUGAAGAGGCUUCAAAUUUGAAGGAAGAUCCAAAGCAGCAGGGAACAAAAUCUGAAGGCAAGGCAAGUAAAGCUCCUGCAAAUGUCUCCAAGAGUCGAAUUUCAAAAACCUUAAAGGUACCAUCUUAUAUGUUCCCUUUAUUUCCGAGUUAUGGAAAUGCAAAGAACAUUAAGGUGACAAAGGAUAAACCUAAUCUGAUAAGUGCUGUUCCGGUUACUCGAAAUCAGAGGUCUGUGCUGUCCCAGAGUCUUUCAUUUCCUGCUAGAAGAGUCCAUGGCGAAGCUGUUGUGAAGAGCAUUGAUGGGUAUAAGGAGAAAGCUGAUCCCAAACAUGCCCAGGAGAAAAGCUCAAAAGCUCAUGGCUCUUCUUCUAAUGGAUCAGUUCUUUCAUUGUCUCGUUUGAGUCUUCCCAACAGGCGGGGAUCCAUCCAUGUCAACUCAAAGAACGCGAAUGGCAUUGGAGCUACUUCUAGAAGGACUACUUUAGCAUCUUUGCCUAGCAAUAAGCAAGCUGUGCCUGCGAAAUCUGGUCCUGGUAAUGUGGAUGCUAAGCCCUCUUCAUCGUCUGAAUCAGCUGAUUCCAAGCCAAUAACAGCUGCAGCGCUGAGUAAAGAGGAUGAUGAUGCUCAUUCCACUACUUCUGCCACUUCUCGUAGCACUAGGAGGAGCAGUGGGUCAGGAUUCACCUUUAGGCUGGAGGAACGUGCUGAAAAGCGAAAGGAGUUUCUUUCAAAGAUAGAAGAGAAGAUCCAUGCUAAGGAACUUGAAAAGAAUAACCUUCAGGAAAAAUCAAAGGAGAAUCAGGAAGCUGAAAUCAAGCAGUUAAGGAAGAGCUUGACUUUUAAAGCUACACCAAUGCCAAGUUUCUACAAAGAACCUCCUCCAAAAGUUGAAAUAAAGAAGAUACCAACUACGCGUGCAAUAUCCCCAAAGCUCGGAAGGAACAAGAGCGGCGCUGCUCCAACAAACAACCCUUCAGAAGGUGAUGGUUCUGGUAUUAGCCCAUCCUUGAACCAAGAAUGCAACGAUUCAACCAAAAGAACUCAAACCAAUGGUAAUGAAGAUAGUGUUGCUUCCAAGAAGACUGUAAAGAAACCCCAACCUAAGCUUCAACCCAAGGAGACCACCAAAUCCGAAGAAAAGCUUGGAAAGUCAAAACCGAAAACAAAGAAGGCGGAGAACCCUGUGCAGGAUGCUUGUGUUGGGAAGCCUGAAGAAAACCAGAACGAUCCCAUCAACAUUUCCCAAUCUGAGGAAUCCGUAGCUAUAGCAGAAGAAAUAAACCCUACUCAGAACAGCGGACCAAUUCCAAGUUUGGCCAACGCUGAUAUAAUGCCCCGUCAAGUCACAGUCGGAGGUUGAAGACCAUGAUUCUCUGGCCUUGUGUUAAUACCUUCAUUUUUUUACUUAUUAAUCUCCAAGUUUCAUGCUGUUGUGACUAGUAUUUGUAAGUUGAUCAUGACAUUUUUUGGAGGGUUACUAUACACAUUAUAUAAGUUAUAUAUGCA